GCCGUCGGGGCUUCCAAGACAUAAGCUCGAGGUUGGGAAACCCAACAUAACGUCUGUAUGGUUCCAUUGCCUUACUGGCUCUCGUGGCGUCUUGUCGUGUCCAGUCUCCUAAAUAUCGUUACUCGGGACGCAAGCACGCGACGGCGUCUGAUCGGAUUGCUACUGGGAAGCAGUUCACGUAAAUUCAAGCCACAUUUAUGGCCGACUUUCCUAACAACAUUCUUUCGUCGAUUCUGUCCAAAGUCUCGCUCAACGACACCUUUGACCACGCGCUGGUGUGCAGACGAUGGCUCUCCGUCGCGUCACAAAUUCAGAAGUCCGUCCGUCAAGCAGAAUCGCGAGCUUCGGGGGUCCGCGUUAUUGCGAUCCUUAUCCCACCAAUCCGGAGUGACAUCUGUUUCGCUUGACUAUGGAGCCGUGUCCUUCAUCGAUGAAACAUUCUUUGCUGAAUUCGCUGCCUUCUGCCCGCGAAUUUCCCAGCUGAUGCUUGGUGGAACUCACUACCUGACGCCCUCUGUAAAAAAGCUGGAGUGUCCGAGCUGCCUAACUGGUUCUUUUCUGAUGCAGUGAGACUUGAAAGGCUCCCAGCAUCCAUCGCGCUGCUCUCGUCGCUUCGGGUCCUGCAUCUAACGUCGUUCAGUCUCAAAGCCCUCCCGGAUGCUCUCGGCACUCUCUCCUCUCUUGAGGAGCUCUUCCUCCGCUAUCCUGCUCUGAAGCAUCUUCCUGGCUCCGUUUGCAAUCUCCCACACCUUUCAGAUCUGUCGCUUGUCCAGUGCCGAUCCAUAAUGGCUGGAGAUGCUGCCAAAAUUGACCGCCCUGCAACGGCUGGUUCUCUGCACAGGAAGCGCAAUCAGAAUCCCCGACUCUUUUUUCACCCAUCCAACCAUCAGGCAUCUGAUUCUGCAUAACUGGGAUGCAGGCAACCUCGAUGAGGUCGAUGAGGGACCGGGAACAAAGAUUGACGAGCAGACUGGUUUGGAAGGAGGGGAAACAUCUGGUCCUGGCGAGGAUCAUGCAGGAACGUGUGGGCUGCCUGACACUUCGGAGGAGCAAACACCAUCAGUAGUCACUGCAGCAGCCGAUGAGACAGCAUCUAUUUUGACGACGCUUACCAUUCCCCAGUCUCCAUCCUCUACAGCCAUCGGAUGUGCACUUCGGCACCUAGACAUUCUUGACUGUGCCUCUUUCCCCCUGGCCUUCGUCUCCAAGUAAAUUUCCGAAUUCCUUACCAGCAGUGCUCUGCUCCCUAUCAGGUCUCACCCACCUCUCAGCAGACGGUCUUGGUGGUCCUGCUGCCGAUGUCUUGCCUCGAGGCUUCACCCGGCUCUCCCACCUGCAAUCGCUCUCUCUCGGCGGCUGCAUCACCAGUUUGAGCAUGCUAGUGUCUCGGCUUCCUUCAUUCGCUUGCCAUUCGGAGGUACUGCCCCACGUUCAGGGGCUACAAGUGCACGGACGAGGACCAUUUCCUCAUUGGCUUCGUCAGCUUCAGCUUUGGAGAACCUGUCUGCAGGUAUUGCAAUGGUUGUAAGAUGGAAGGGGAUCUGCCAAGUGACUUCUGCCAGCUUACUGCUCUCAAACAGCUUGGUGUAGACAGCCAGCAGAUUCUCCCUCCUGGUCACACCGAGCAGUAACUUUUCCCUGCUUGGGGCAGCAUUUGUCAGCCCGUCAUCUGAAGCUGGUGAUAGGAGGAUCACUUGAGCCCUGCUACCAUACAGUCAAAUCUUGCCUUGAUAGCCUACUACUGGUAUCAGAAGCAUACGGUAUGCUGCAGACUCUUCAAUCUCUCCCAGUGGUGCAAGCACGGAGUUUUUUUUUGCUCUGCUCUGGAAUCUCAUGUGCUACUACCACUGUAGGAUAAUGCCUAGACAAACUGUGCUGCUCACAAGAAUUGUUGUGUUG